AUGUCUCGAUUCCAAUACAAAAUCCAGUACAUAGAAGGCGCGACCAAUAAGGUCGCGGACUGUCUAUCUAGGUACUAUGAGAACGACAAUGCGGAUGAAUUCGCACCCAUCCAGGACUAUGCAAAUGCAGACGCUCAUCUAGACCCUGAGUGGGAUGACCUACCAUCCAACCAUAUUGCUGAGCUGUGCACCGGAACAAUCCAGUGCUCAGCACAGCUGCCCAAGGAGGUGCAGGAGUCAAGGGAUCAGGAGGCCAGCGAAAUGGCCUCCCACCUGCCCCUAGUAAUGCCAACCACAGGCGCAAAGGACGAGGAUCCGACGAUUGCUGAGUCAUGCACCAACGGACCUCCACUGAAGGCCCGCUUGGAACAGGAUACCCCGUUCCUGGCCGCAGUCCAAAAGGGCUAUGGCGAGGACCCAUUAUUUAGGAAGGUCGUUGAAUCCCCUAUGGAAUUCAGCACCUUCGUAAUCCGGGACAAGACAAUAUACACAAAAAACUGCCAGGAUGAAGAAGUUAUCUGCAUCCCGAGGGUUCUGUACCAUCAUCGAAUGAUGACCGAGAUCAUCAUCGAUAGAGGGCACACGACCAUAGGACACUACGGCCCACAGAAGACGUCGGAAUACAUCCGACAGUGGUUCUGGUGGCCUAGGAUCGGACGUGAUAUCGAAAAAUUCUGCGUGACGUGUGGGGCCUGCCAAACGGCAAAGCCUCGCAAUCACCUGCAAGCAGGAUUACUUCAUUCCGUGCUGAUUCCAUGGUUUCCGUGGAAUUCGAUAGCAAUGGACUUCGUCGGUCCGUUUCCGCGAUCAAAGGGAUAUGACUACCUAUGGGUAGUCAUAUGUCGCCUUACAUCAAUGGUACAUCUGGUCCCCGUGAAUAUGACGAGCACGGCCUCGGACAUAGCUGAGCUCUAUGUCCGAGAAAUUGUGCGACUACAUGGGAUGCCCAAGUCCAUCGUCUCGGACUGGGACUUGAAGUUCACGUCGAAAUUUUGGCGUGAACUACAUCGAUUCCUGGGUGCGAAGCUACUCAUGUCGACGUCAUUCCAUCCGCAAACCGACGGGCUGUCCGAGCGGACCAUCCAAUCGAUCCCGAUGGUUGAGUUCGUGUUGAACUCAGCCACGAGCGCAACCACAGGAUUUGCCCCAUUCGAACUUAAUUAUGGAUACUUGCCGCGAAUGAUUGGAGGCCUGCACGGAACCACGAAAUUCGUGGGCAUGCAGGAAUUUGCCCAACGAGCAUUGGCCAACCUCGAGAUGGUGCAUGAUGCCAUCAUCGAGAGCUGUACACACCAAACGUUCCAAGCCAAUAAACUACAGCAGAAGGAGCCGGAGUUUAUGACUGGAUCGAAGGUGUAUCUAUCCACGCAGAACCUCGCACUACCUAAGGGUCGUGCGAGGAAGCUGAUGCCCAAAUUUAUUGGACCAUACGAGAUCACCGACGUUCAUGCGGCAACCUCUAACUACACAUUAGAAUUUCUGCAAGAACUGAAGGACCGGCGUAUCCUACCUAUAUUCCACGUUUCGCUACUCCGAUGA